GGAAUUGCGGAAGCACGAAGGGUCAAAGGUCGAAGACGUUGUAGCGGAGCUGCGACGGAGCCACCAGCCGACCUGCGGCCACCAGACGCGUCGCCUCCCUCCGUUCACGCGUUCAGGGCCCUGCGUUGGCCAUCUUCCCUCUACGGCUCUCUGAGUCCGACUCUGCCUUCUGCGGCUCUGCGACUAUGCCUCCACCUCCAGUUUCUCCAUUAGUUAAAAUGAGUGACGAAGAGGUAAAAGGUUCUGCUGAUCAGGAUAGGGAAGAAAUAAAUGUUAGUGUGGAAAACCGGAAAAAGAAAAGGAAGCUAAAACUAAGGGAGGAAGCUAAGAAGGCUGGAAAACGUGGAGUUUGCUACAUCAGCCGGGUGCCUCCACACAUGGAUCCUGUGAAGCUCCGUCAAAUUCUGUCUCAAUUUGGUGAGAUUCAGCGAAUUUAUCUUGUUCCUGAAAAUCCAGCUGCACAAAUGAAUAGUAAACGGGCUGAUGCUUAUCGUGGACAAGGAUUUUCAGAAGGGUGGGUUGAAUUCACAAAAAAGAGCAUAGCUAAAAGGGUCGCUAAGAUGUUAAACGGUCAACAAAUAGGUGGCAGGAAAAGAUCAGCAUUCUACUAUGAUCUUUGGAAUAUCAAGUACUUGAGUAAAUUCAAGUGGGAUGAUCUUACUGAAGAGACUGCGCAUAACAAUGCCGUUCGGGAGCAGAAGUUAACAUUGGAACUGUCAGCUGCGAAGAAGGAACGAGAUUUCUUCCUCACACAAGUUGACAAAGCCCGUGCCUUGAGUGCUAUUGAGGAACGGUUAAAAAAGAAGCAGAAAGUAGUAGAAAAGUCAGUAGAGUCUUCAGGCAUUCCAGAAAAAGCGGAUGGGCCAAGAAAGUUCAUUAGGCAUUUCCACCAGAAGGCGGCAGUGGCAGCAGGAGGAGCUGGAGAAAGGCAAACUAGACUGUCUAAGGAUACACUAGCGGCAGUGUUUGGUGGCCCAUCGUGAUUGCAUUUUCUGCUGCAUGAGUGUAAAAUAUUUGUCUCAGGGAUGAGGUGUCAAGGAUACAACAUUUGAUGAUUUCUUGUGAUUCCCUUCAUGAAGUACUGUUUUUUUACAUAUAUUAUGAUUCUUGUUCAUAGAAACUGUUGUUUACUCUGUCUCUUUCCUGGAAAAGAAACGUUUUUUAUUUAGUGUUGAAAAGAUGAGCAUUUUAUUUUAUACACAUACAUAUAUGCAGUGUUUUUUUAGUGGCAGCGCCUA